UUCCCAUAAAUCUAUAAAAGUAGUAUCAUGUCAGUGCUAAAUCAAAACAACACGUAUAAUGAACUCUGCAGAAGCUUUUCAAAAUAGGGAGUUUGAAAAUUAAAACUGGCCGUGGGUAUUAUAGUAUAUCCAUUACGACUAAUUAGAAUGCUUAAUAAUUUUCUUUGAAAUAUGGCUUCUAAGAAAUGGGCUGGUUUUACUGAUGAAGAUAUCGAGAAAAUGAAAUUGAAUCCAAUAUUCUCCGAAAAUAGUACUUUAGAUGAAGCAAGUUUAAAUGCACUAAAACUGGCUUCUGCCAUUAAGGAUGUUUCUGAAGAAGAAGUAGCUCUUAAGAACAGCCCUACUUCCUGUAAACUGCCCAGGGAUACUUGGAAAGUAAAUAAAAGUGAUAAUUCUUCGUCAUCUAAUGACUGUACCUGCAAUCACAUUGGUUACACUACUGAAUACCAUGAAAUGGCAUCUAAUUACGAUGAAGCGCCCAAUGAUGAAAGCAUCAGGUUUCCUACUGAUUGCCAGGAUUUAGAAGCAUUUGAGUUAAGACAAAAGCACAUUGAAGCUGAGAAUGCCCGGAGAAGAGCUCUCAUCAGCAAGGCCAUCACUGAUAAAAAAGAAAAGACCCAAGCUGAAGCAAUAAAGUUGUCACAUAUUACUGAUGAAUUAAAUCGCCUCGAUAACAUUCUAAGUUCCGACAUCGUCAUUUUACGUGACUACAUCGAAAAAGCCAGCAGAGAAUUUUCUCAAGCUGAGAAGAGAUACCUAAAAGCAGAGAAAGAGUUCAUUGAAGCCAAAUUUUUCUUAUUUGAAAAAAUGCAAAGGAAAGAACAGUUGACUGAACAUCUUUGUGCAAUUAUCGAACAAAACGAGAACAGGAAAGCUAGUAAGCUGGUAGAGCUUAUGAAACAACUCGAAAUGGAAACGGUUGUUGAAGAUUUUGAAAUGCCCGAAAUGAAGCCGAUUCUUUCAAAGUAUUGUGUUGCAAAUGAGGAAGUCUAUCGUUCCUGUCAAACAUUUAAACCUUCUUUGAAGAAUUCUGUUCAGGAAUUUAAAAACAAUCGAACUGACGAUUCUAAAGAUGAAGCAUCUGAUGAAGGAUCUCAACCCGAAGCUUCAUAAAUGUUUUGAGCUGGCUCAAAAUAUCUUUUCUAAACAUACAAAUUAUAAUUUCUUUUGGGUUUGUGUGCGAUUUUCAAGCAUUGUUAACUAUAUUUUUGUUGCAUUUUCUUUUAAAGUGUAUUUGUUUUCUCACAUUUUGUGAUGUACCUGAUUCUAUUGUUAUUUGUGAAUGAAAUCUUUUUUUAUAUUU